CACACUCUUCAAAAGAAGUCUACCCACACGCGCUCACGAUGUAGGAAGCGCUCGGCGCCCGUCUGAUAACAGCGUACCAAACACACUGCUCUUUGAUUCAUUCUCGUUGGGUUGAUGGUUAUCUGAUAAAUUGGUUAAUCUUGGCGUCAGCAUGGAGGGCUGCUUUCCCCCAGAAAGCGAGAGGAUGGAAGCUUGGCUUGACGACCACCUGGAGUUCGCGCAUUCCUACUUUGUGAGAAAGGCUACAAGGGAGAUGGUGAAUGCCUGGUUCGCUGAGCGUGUCCACUCCAUCCAGCCCUCCGCCAACACCUCCUCGUCCAAAGAAGCCCCCCCGGGCCCAAGGGCCCCCCUGGCCGCCAGCGAGCAGCCCUGCCUGGCCUCCCUGCCCCCGUCCCUGGGCCUGUUCGACAGGCGCUCCCCCUCCCCGGCCCCCAGCCCGGCCCCCGGCACCCCCACCCGCAAGAUCUCCGCCUCGGAGUUCGACAGGCCGCUGAGGCCCAUCGUGGUCAAGGACUCGGAGGGGUCCCUGACGUUUGUGAGCGACGCCGACCAGCCGGAGCGGGGGCCCGUGCCCCUGAGGGCCCAGGUGAUGGGGGAGGGGGGCGGAGGAGCCCGCGGCGGGGACCGCUGCGCCCGUCUGCUGGAGCUGGUGAGGGAUGUGUCCAGUCACCUGGACGUGACGGCGCUGUGCCACAGGAUCUUCCUCCACAUCAACGAGCUGAUCGCUGCGGACCGCUACUCCCUCUUCCUGGUGUGCGAGGACAGCUCCAACAGGAAGUUCCUGGUGAGUCGUCUGUUCGACGUGGCCGAGGGCUCCACGCUGGAGGAAGUAUCCAAUAACUGCAUCCGCCUGGAGUGGAACAAGGGCAUCGUGGGUCAUGUGGCUGCCACCGGACAGCCCCUCAACAUCAAGAACGCUUACGAGGACCCCAGGUUUAACGCUGAGGUGGACCAGAUCACCGGCUACAAGACACAGAGCAUCCUCUGUAUGCCCAUCAAGAACCACAGAGAGGAGGUGGUGGGAGUGGCGCAGGCCAUCAAUAAGAAGUGUGGAGAGAACAGCACCUUCACUGAGCAGGACGAGAAGGAUUUCUCGUCCUACCUGGCGUUCUCGGGGAUCGUCCUGCACAACGCGCAGCUCUACCAGACCUCCCAGCUGGAGAACAGACGCAAUCAGGUUCUCCUGGAUCUGGCCAGCCUGAUCUUUGAGGAGCAGCAAUCUUUAGAGGUUCUGCUGAGGAAGAUUGCCGGCACCAUCCUGUCCUUCAUGCAGGCACAGGGAUGCACUGUGUUCAUAGCCGACGGUGACUCUUUGAACUCCUUCUCCAGCGUGUUUCACAUGGAAUACGAUGAACUGGGAGAAGCCUUCGACGUCCCCAAACGAGUUGUGGUGAUAUUUACUGUGAUUCCCCUGUCAUGGACAACCACAGAUGACUCAUGUUCUCUCUUCUCUCUGUCUCCAUCCCUCCGUCCUCCGUCCGCCUGUCAGAGUAAUCUGAAUGAGCUGGAGAUCCUUGCCCUGAUGAUCGCCACCCUGAGUCACGACCUGGAUCACAGAGGAGUCAACAACUCCUACAUCCAGAGGAGUGACCAUCCCUUGGCCCAGCUCUACUGUCACUCCACCAUGGAGCACCACCACUUUGACCAGUGCCUCAUGAUCCUCAACAGCCCCGGGAACCAGAUCCUGAGCAGUCUGUCUCUGGAGGAGUACAGGACCACUCUGAAGAUGAUCGAGAGGGCUAUUCUGGCCACCGACCUGGCGCUCUACAUGAAGAGGAGAGGAGAGUUCUUUGACUUGACCAAGAACAGCCAGUUUGUGUGGGAGGACGACUACCACAGAGACCUCCUGAGGUCGAUGCUGAUGACUGCGUGUGACAUCUCGGCCAUCACCAAGCCGUGGCCGGUGCAGAAGAGGAUCGCAGAGCUGGUGGCUACAGAGUUCUUUGAGCAGGGGGACAAGGAGAGACAGGAGCUCAACAUUGAGCCCAUAGAUCUGAUGAACAGAGAGAAGAGAGACAAGAUUCCCAGCAUGCAGGUGUCGUUCAUCGACGCCAUCUGCACUCAGCUGUAUGAGACCCUGGCAGGUAUGUCAGAGCCAUGUUCUCCACUGCUUGAGGGCUGUCAGAAAAACAGGCAGCAUUGGAAGUGUUUGGCUGAACAGGGGGAGAAAGACAACGGAGGAGAGUGAACCUGGCGCCCCCCUCUACACAGCCCCCCCUACACAGCCCCCCCUACACUGUUCCCUCUACACGGUCC